GCCAUCACCUUCGUCCGCCAUCACCUUCGUCCGCCAUCACCUUCGUCCGCCAUCAUCUUCGUCCACCAUCAUCUUCGCCCAACCGUCUCGCGCCCGGCCCCAAUGUCGUCCCUGCCGCUCUACAAAGUCAUCGUUGCUGCCGACAGCUCGAGCCCCUCCCAGCAGGCCAUCAUGCACGGGGUGGAGCUGUGCCAGCGGGUUGCCCCGAACCCAUGUCGUCUGAUCAUCAUCCAUGUCACCGCCCUCAACCCACGGAGCAGUCUGCCGUACAUCGACAAUAUGGAAAAGUCCUUCAAUUACGAGAUCAAAGUGAGCGAGAAGCAGGAGAUCCAGCUCUGCAAGGAUUUUAUCGAGCGAAGCGUGGCCGACAAGGUGCCAUACGACUUUGUCCAAAUCGAAGGCGAGGGCGACGUCGGCCCCCUGAUCGAAGAGUUUGUCAAGGAAUCACACCCGGAUACCAACAUGCUGGUGCUCGGAACACGGAAUCUGGGAACUGUCCAAAGAUGGGCGCUGGGGUCCGUCAGCGACUACUGUCUCCACCACGUAACAUGCCCUGUGCUGAUUGUCAAAGAUACCGCGGCCCAAUAAAACCGAGUAGUGCCUGCCUGGCAGCAGCAGCCACAGCGUCUCUGGAUCCGCAUCCGCAUCUGCAUCCGCAUCUGCAUCUGCAUCUGCAUCUGCAUCUGGAUC